GGACAGUUCAAAGUCAAAAUAUGGAUCCCGUUGGUGGCACUUAUAUUCUCACUAAGCAUAAUUAAAGCCCAGUAAAAUGCCUUUUUUAUCUAAAAAUUAACGGUUAUAACUAUGGUUUCAAAAGUCUAACGCUUAUAUAAAUUCAAAAAUGGAAAAUACCGACUGUUCGGCUAAGAGAGAACUGAUACGAUCCAGACCGGAACAAAAGCCACCCUGCAGGUCUGCGAAUCGUAGUCCCGCUUGCAGAAAGAUCGGGGGAGUGAUCAUCCCGCCGCCUACAUUAAAUAAUGGUUUCGGACCUCCCCAGGUACUACAGAAAACCGCGUUAAUCGCUCCUGAUAAUGGAGUCUCAUUUAAUACUCGAGUAGUCGAAGUUAACGAUCAAGCAGCAGGUAUAAGCCAUACCUGCGCGCGACUAAAAGAUUAUAGAGCGUUUGAUCAAAACUCCGGUGUUGCAGUUGUUUCAGGGGGCAGAGCUACUAACCCGGGUUCUAAUGGUCAUAAUGCUUUAUCCCAAACACAAGCAAUUGCUACCAGGAAAUUUCCCAUUUCCAGGUCAGGAAUUUUAUAUACUUUGCACAAGCUAAGAGAUCCAGUGGCGGAAUAUCAGGAGACCAGAGGAGUACCACGAGAUGAAGAAAUAACAUUUCUCAAUCUGAUUACGUCUUUGUGCUCACAAGCUUAUAGCGCUGCCAUCACUAUUAUGGUGAUGGUGUGGAACUUGAUGCCUCUUGUAGACGGACUGGUGUAUUUUUUACGGUUUUUUUUGGAUAAGAUCAUUGAUAUUGUGCAAACCGAAAAUAAUAUAGACCGAGCCACGAAGAUAGUCCUGUUCUUCGCCGAGAUUACUGUGAUUAUGUUGCUGUUUUUUUUGAUCAUGGGGCUGAUUUUUAUGCCGGUUUAUGAACUAGUGGUGCACAUGGGCAGAAAAGUUCUUUCGUUGGUGUCCUGAUGAUUAUUCGAUAAAAUGAUGAGCAAAUAUAUAAAGCAUAAAGGUUAUUAAAGAUUGCUAUUAUACCAAA